UGUGUGUGUGUGUGUGUGUGUGUGUGUCCUAAGUUUACAGCUUCUAUCUUUGAUAUUUGUAAAUUUGCCAUUUGGGGAUAUUUUCAGAAACACAUGUGUUAUAUGUCAUGGUUUGUAUUUACAUGUCCCCCCAAAACGUCAGUGAUCAUAGUGGGGGCAAAGGGGUGGGACCUUUUGAAGGUGGCUGAUUCUAGCGUUUGUGAUUGGUUCCUUGUCUUGCGCUGGGAUUGGCCGUGUGAGUGCUGCACCGCCCAGGGCCAGGUGACCCGCAUAGAAUAUAAGAGAGGAAAGAGGUCUGCUCUCCAGCCACUUUUUUGUUUUUUCCCCUUCUGCUCUGGUUUUGGAAUUUGCAGCAGCCAUGGUGAAUGGCUUUCCCUCAGCCACGCCACCCAGCCUUGGAACCAGCUGAUUAUGGAAUGAAACUGCCAAAAAACCCUUGGACCAUCGCAAAAUAUGCUCCCAGAUUUAAUGGCUUCCAGCAGCAAGACUCCCAAGAACUUCUAGCUUUCCUCUUGGAUGGUCUUCAUGAAGAUCUCAACCGAGUCCAUGAGAAGCCGUAUGUGGAACUGAAGGACAGCGAUGGCCGACCAGACUGGGAAGUAGCUGCAGAGGUUUGUCAGUUUUGAGUUUCUAAUGUAAGCAAUAGAUGAAAUACUCUGACCAUAAAUGCAUGCAAACAACUUAUAUGCAGAUUAGGGCCAGGGAUAUAGCUCAGCGGCACAGCACUUCCCUGGCAAACACAAGGUCCUGAGUUUAAUUCCCAGUACCAGAAAAAAGAAAGUUUAAUAAUAAUUAAAUGCAAACUAAAAUGUUCUGUGAUUAGAGUAUUAAAACAAGAGCUUAAAACAGUAACACAUGCAUGCCAUAAGUUUGCCACCUCUGGCAUGGAUAUAGGAAUUA